UGUAUAUUAGUAAGGGAACUUCCCUUUUUUACUAAACAUUUUAUUCAAUGAAUUUUUCAUAACUAGUAAGUCUAGAUUUGUUACCAAAAUUUAAAAUGGUAUGUUUAGGAUAUUUUCUAAAAUACUUCGAGAAAAUCUUAGAAAUACUUUUCUGAUGAUAAAUAUCCGUGUGUAUUUGUAUAUAUCUUACAUAACAUAAAAAUAAUAUAUAAACUUGUUCAAGUAUGUAUACACAAGAGAUAUCUCUUAAAAACUCUUUAACACAACAAACUUGAAAGUUACGCUCUCUCUCUCUUCUUACAUCAUGGAUGCUGAGGGAAAAGCCGAGGGGAAAAGAGUUCAGGAAGCAGCAAGCACAGAGUUAGUCGUUGAUAUCUAUCAAGGAUUCACAAUAGAUGAAAGAGACCUUACACAACCUAGCAAGGAUCCUGGGUACUACAGAGUUUUGGUAUGGAUAGACGGAAAAGAUGUACACGGAACGAAAGUGGUCAAGUCUUUUGUAGGCUUCCAUCAAUUCAAUGAAAGAUUAGUGAUUGAUUUACAUUCUUUUGAUUACAAAUAUAUCUACAUUGAGUUGCAAAGAGGGGCUUGUUUUAAAGAUCCUGGAACAUCUAAUGGUACUGUUGUGAUGGGUCGAGCCAAGAUUCGAUUGCCUCCUUGGAACAGUUGCAACAAGUUCGCUUUUAAGGCCAACCUCAUUGGUUUGAAUAGUGACCCAUGUGUAGUUGCUAAGGGAUACCUAAAUGUGUCUAUGUAUCUUCAUAGAUAUCGUGCGUGAUAAUUAUUAGGGUUUUUUUGUUAUGUUUUUCUUUUUUAUCUUACUUGUGUUUUUGACUUUAAUUGCUGUGUUUGAUUGACUUUCGAUUGAUAAGUUAAAUUUGAUUAUUA